AAGGGGCGCAGGGCGGAGCUGUGACAGAGCAAGGACUACGAAUCCCGAAAGGCACUUCGGCGCGGCCGGCUUUGUAUACUCAGGGGUGGAGGCGGCGCUGGGUGAGACCAGGACAGGCGGCGGGACAGAGAGAGAGUUUGCUAAGCGUCCCGAGUAGGAAGGAUGACUUGCAAUGGGAAUCACGCCGCAAGAGCCACCGACCGGGAGCGCUUUGUGGCCUUUUUCCCCCAAAUUGUGAAGGAUCUGAUUGAGGAUGAGCUGCACCAGAAGGACGUAUCAGAAGCCUUCUCCCGCCUGAAGGAGGUGGUGGAAUACAAUGCCAUUGGCGGGAAGUACAACCGGGGCCUGACGGUGGUGUCUGCCUUUGGGGAACUGGCUGGGCCGGAACAGCAGGAUCCAAAGAAGUUCCAGCACGCCAUGGUUGUGGGCUGGUGCGUCGAGCUGCUCCAAGCCUUUUUCUUGGUGGCCGACGACAUCAUGGAUGGCUCCCUGACACGGCGGGGGCACCCUUGCUGGUAUAAAAAGGAAGGGGUUGGCUUGGCGGCGGUGAACGACUCCCUUCUGCUGGAAUCGAGCAUCUACCGCCUGCUGAAGCGACACUGUCGCGGCCAGCCGUACUACCUGAACCUCUUGGAGCUGUUCCUCCAGUCGGCGUACCAGACGGAACUCGGUCAGACCCUGGACCUGAUCAGCGCCCCUCCGGUGGACCUGGACAGCUUCACGGAAGAGAGGUACAAGGCCAUUGUGAAAUACAAGACGGCCUUCUACUCCUUCUACCUCCCAGUGGCGGCUGCCAUGUACAUGGCUGGCAUUGAUAGUGAGGAAGAGCAUUCCCACGCCAGGACUAUCUUACUCGAGAUGGGGGAAUUCUUCCAAAUCCAGGACGAUUACCUGGACUGCUUUGGUGACCCGGAUGUGACGGGGAAGAUCGGGACGGACAUCGAGGACAACAAGUGCAGUUGGCUGGUGGUGCAGUGCCUGAAGCGGGCCUCGCCGGAGCAAAAGCAGAUCCUGGAGGCAAACUAUGGUCAGAACGACCCGGAGAAGGUGGGGCGGGUCAAGCAGCUCUACGAGGAGCUGGACCUGAAGACGGUCUUCCAGAACUACGAGGAGAGCAGCUACCAGCGCCUGUUGGGCCUCAUUUCCCAGCACGCCCUCCGCCUGCCCGCCCAGAUCUUCCUCGGCCUUGCCCAGCUGAUCUACAAGAGGCAGAAGUGACCGGCUGGACCUUAGAAAGCCAGCCCGUUGUUUGUGUGGUCUUUGUUUCCUGCAGGACUUUAGUUGCCGGUUAGCGGGCGCCUUUGGGGAUUUUGGGCUGCAAUGCCCCAAAACGGUUCUCAGGAGGCACAUCGUGCUUCCAGGUUGCUUCCCAGAGUUGCGUGUGAGUUUUUUGACAAAAUAUUUCUCACCAAGGAGAAGUCAUGUCCUAGAAAUUAAUAAAUACUCCUUGUGCUUGGCAUGUUACAAAAUCCUAACAUCCUUGAAGAAUUCACAGUUCAAACCAGUUCCUUCCAGUUUUGCAUUAAAAUAAUAACAACAAUUAUUAUUAUUAUUAUUAUUAUUAUUAUUAUUAUUUGAAACACAACAAGGUGAGUCCACAGCAGACAUUCUGCUGGCUGUUGAAUUUGACCACACGUCGGACACAUCCCAAGUAUGGUCAAAUUAUUAUUAUUAUUAUUAUUAUUAUUAUUAUUAUUAUUAUUAUUAUUAUCCCACCUAAUAAUAAUAAUAAUAAUAAUAAUAAUAAUAUGUUACAAAAUCCUAACAUCCUUUAAGAAUUCACAGUUCAAACCAGUUUCUUCCAGUUUUGCAUUAAAAUAAUAACAACAACAAUUAUUAUUAUUAUUAUUAUUAUUAUUAUUAUUAUUUGAAACACAACAAGAUGAGUCCACAGCAGACAUUCUGCUGGCUGUUGAAUUUGACCACACGUCGGACACUUCCCAAGUGUGAUCAAAUUAUUAUUAUUAUCAUUAUUAUUAUUAAGUGGUAUAUUAUUAUUAUUAUUCCACCUAAUAAUAAUAAUAAUAAUAAUAAUAAUAAUAAUAAUAAUGUUACAAAAUCCUACCAUCCUUAAAGAAUUCACAGUUCAAACCAGUUCCUUCCAGUGUUGCAUUAAAAUAAAAUAAUAAUAAUUAUUAUUAUUUGAAACACAACAAGAUGAGUCCAUAGCAGACAUUCCGCUGGCUGUUGAAUUUGACCACAUGUCGGACACUUCCCAAGUGUGGUCAAAUUAUUAUUAUUAUUAUUAUUAUUAUUAUUAUUAUUUAUGUGGUAUAUUAUUAUACCACCUAAUAUAGUAAUAAUAAUAAUAAUAAUAUUAAUAAUAUGUUAUAAAAUCCUAGCAUCCUUUAAGAAUUCACAGUUCAAACCAGUUCCUUUCAGUAUUGCAUUAAAAUAAUAAUAAUAAUUUAUAUUAUUAUUAUUAGGGUGGUAUAAUAAUAAUAAUAUUAAAAAUUAUUAUUAUUAUUUAUAUACCACCCUCCUCCUCCUCCUCCUCCUCCUCCUUCUUAAGAAUUCACAAUUCAAACCCGUUCCUAACUGUGUUGCAUUAAAAUAAUAAUAAUAAUUGAUAUUAUUAUUAUUAUUUAUUCACUUCUGCCCCGCUUUUCUCCUGUGGGUGGGAUUCAAAGCGGCGUAUGACGUAUACAAUUCAUACAAAUACAUCAGGCAGCAAUACAUAAUCAAUUAAAACAUUGUAUCCCGAUAUAAAAACCCAAUGUUAGGGGGGUCAGUGCCUUCUUCUCAUUCGCACACAAUACCUCCUAGGAAAAUAAUGCAGUCGGGGAUUGUUUUUCUGCCUUUUCUUUUGCCCAAAGCCAAGGGAAGAAGCUGGCAGGCCUCCAGAAAUCAAUAUUUUCAUGCAAACCAUAAUAUGUCUCUGAUCUGUAUGUAUCUGUUAAAGAACGGAAUGUAUCGAGAAUCAAAUACAAGAAGGAGCAAUAAAUUAUUUCAAAACCUUA